AAUAAAAAGAGGACACAAGUUUAUAAAGCAACACGGCACCAUCACAAAAAUCUGCUAUUUUGUGCAGGUCAGCCUCUCCAUACUGACUGACCAUCCUGAUCUGCUGCACUGGUUUUCUCGGCAGGAUGGUUUCACUUGUUCUGCUGCUCUUUGGCACGCAGGCGCUCUGCUCCUGGGCUGCCUCCCACGCCAGCGAGGCACGGGCUGCCUUCCUUUCCCCCCCCUGCAACACCACUGCAGCAGAGGAGGCUGCAGAUCUGGCUCUUCGCCAGAUCAAUGCUGACCGCCGAGAGGGCUACGUACUCCGUCUCUACCGAAUUUUCAGUGUCCAAGAACAUCCUCAGGAGAUCUCUAGUUCUGCCUUCUAUCUCGUCUUGGAUGUAGUAGAUACCGAAUGCCAUGUACUCAGCAAAAAGUUGUGGAAGAACUGUAAUGCCAGACCUGCCCAUGGAACUGUUUAUGGUCAAUGCAAAGCAAUUAUCUACAUUAAUCAGGCAAGAAAUAUUGCUCAUCUGAAUAAUUAUGAGUGCAUUUUACAACCAGUUCCACCCAGAUAUAUUUGGUCAGUAUGUCCUGACUGCCCAGUUGAUGAUGAUCCAACUGAGCCCAAAUAUUUGGAGGCUGCUGUUCAAAGCCUUGCCAAGUUCAAUGAAGAGAGUGAACAAGCUCAUUAUUUCUCCGUGCUUGAUGUCACAAGAGCUUCAAUGCAGUGGGUGAUUGGUCCUGCAUAUUUUGUAGAGUUUUUAAUUCAGGAGACAUCCUGCUCCAAAAAUGACACCAUUGCUGACAUCUCCAAGUGCAAGCCACUUUCAUCGGAACUAGCUCAAAUAGGUUUCUGCAAAGGUUCUGUAGCAAACAGUGACUUGCAACAUGAACAGUUUGUCACAAUAUCCUGUGAAAUCUACAAUCUGCAGGAUCCUGCCACUGAAGAGGGGAAGCAGCAAGCUAAGCAGACACCUGGAAAAUCCAGCCAGAGUCAUCAACAAGCUUUUCCUUCAGAAACCCAUCCUUUCUCCCCAUACCUAGAAAAAACAGUGGGCUCGGUUAAGAUUCUACCCGCUUCAACUGAGGAUACGUAUUUCCAAAGGCUACCAGAAAGUCAAACCAAACGCAAAGAUGGAAAGCCAGUUCUACCUGAAGCUGUAAGAUCUACAUCCACUCUCGAUGGACAAAAGACCCAAGUAGACAAAUCAGACUUGACCAACCCAGUCACUGGACCAGUUAUUCUCCCUUUCCCUGAAGAACUUUCUCUAUCAGACUCAUGCCCAGGUGAAGCAAAGGAGGUAAAUUCCAUCCUCCAGCCUUUGCUGCCUAAAAAGUAUACCAAAGUCUAGCCAGCAUCCAAUCACCUCAACUACCUGCAACAAAAUAACAGCCACAAUGGCAACCCAGUCUUUGAAUUUGUGUAACAUCUCUGAAUAAAUAAAUUGCUUAUUACAUCA